CUUUUUCUUUUCUUUUUCUCGAAAUUUCCCAUUGAGUUCAGAAAUUCUUUAGAGUUUGUGAUAGGAAGUCAAUGACUAUGAAGAACUUGGUAGAGCCUUCGUGGCGUCUUCUGGCUGCGAGCGGCGGAGACACGGUUAAGCUCUUCGACGUGUCCGCCGCCGCGGAGCCUGUUGUUGAUAAUCCCUGCGUUUUUUUAAGCUAUACUCCGACGCCUGGCUCUGUCGUCAAUUCCGUCAAGUGGAACCAUACGAAUAUGGUUGUAGCGAGUGUGGGAGAAGAUAAGAAAAUAUCUCUUUGGCAUAAAAAUGGGAAGAGCUUACUAACAGUUCCUGUUAAUUGGACGAACAGCAGUGAUAUCAAUGAGGAAUGUUUGUCGGCCAUUAACUUCAGCAACAAAGGGUCUAGGUAUAUAUGCUCUGGAGGAACUGGUCAAACUGUCAGGAUUUGGGAUCUGCUGAGAAAGCUUUGUAUCAAGAAUUUGAAGGGUCAUACAAGUACGAUAACGGGUGUGAUGUUCAACUGCCAAGAUAAGCAUCUGGCUUCUAUCAGUGUUGGUGGGGAUCUGAUAGUCCACAACCUUGCAUCUGGAGAAGGAGCUUCUAAACUCAAAGAUCCAAACGGGCAGAUAUUGAAGGUUCUCGACUAUUCAAGGUUCAGUCAACACCUUCUACUCACUGCAGGUGAUGAUGGGACUGUGCAUCUCUGGGACACGACUGGUCGUAACCCAAAGAUGUCCUGGUUGAAGCAGCAUUCUGCACCAACUGCCGGUGUUUGUUUCUCUCCAUCAAAUGACAAGAUCAUUGCGAGUGUGGGGCUAGACAAAAAGCUUUACACUUACGACACUGGUUCCAGAAGACCUUCGUCCUGCAUUCCAUACGAAACACCUUUCUCUUCUUUGGCGUUUGGGGAUAAUGGGUACAUACUGGCAGCUGGAACCGGUAAUGGUAGAAUAGUAUUCUACGACGUACGUGGAAAACCACAACCUAUCACUGUCCUGCAUGCUUACAGCAGUUCAGAGGCUGUUACUAGUUUAUCCUGGCAAACAUCAAAACCAGUUAUUGUGAAUGAAAGAAACUGCACGUCUGAGAUGGCUCUUUUUGGUGGUACUGUGGAAGACUCAGUUGUCAUUCCAGAUCCCUUUCCCUCAACGACAUCCUUUGUUUCACAUUCCACUGUGUUGCCAGGUUCUCAUGGAGUUGCCACUAGUACGGUGAAUCUAUCAUCAGCAGAAGAAACACCGAAUAGAAAUCAUCUAUGGCCUGGUGGACCACUGAGCAGGCUGCAUGCACACCGUGCCAGUGAUAGUCUUAAAGAUGAUAUGGACAUAUUUUCCCCUAUCGUUGGGAUACAUUCUGGUGAGAAUUGGCCUGAUACGGAAGGAUUGAAAAGGGAUCAUUUAGUUCUUGAUAAGAAAACUUCCUCCUUGACAUUUCCUUCAUCGAGCAAAGGAGGAUUUCCGUUUGGGGAUGACGGAAACAAAGAACACCCAAUAAAUGACUGGAAACUGAGUUCUACUUCUAAAAAGGAUGACACAAGGAAUGCCUUUUCGUCUUUUGGAUCUACGCCCACAGUAUCAUCAAAAAUCGAAUACUCUGCUCUGACACCUCCAGAAGCCUGGGGUGGUGAGAAGUUUAAACACUUGGCUGCUAAUGAGAAGUUUUCUGAUAAAUUCAGUCACCUGAAUCCGCCUUUGCGUCUCGGAGUCUCCAGCUCAAGCGCUAGUACAUCUGGAUCAAUGCUUUCUGGUUCUAGAGAUUUCCCUUUGUCGCUUGGUCAGAAUCAGACGAGCCUUGCAAACGUUAGCAUUAGCUCAGAAUUCCCAGGCAUAAGAGACUUCUCCUCAAAAUAUGAGAAAUACUCAGCACUUGCUGACAAUUAUCCAUCCAGCCCGGUCAUAACAAAAGGCAUCGCAGCUCCAGGCAACAUUGAUUCGUUAAGGCUAUCACCAAGUUUCACUCGUAGGUUCUCUACUUAUGCUGAGAGAAUCAGCACCACCUCUUCCUUCAGCGAUGGAGCCUUUCUCUCUUUUGGUUCGCCUAAGACAAAGAAAACAGGAGCUGAAACCAGAGAAGAAGUUGUGAAUAAUCUGUUACAAAGGCCUGAGAAAGCGGCUGCAACAGAUGCAGGAUCUCUUCCGAUUAUGAAUGGAAUUAUGUACCAGGGAGGAGUAAGCUUGCAGCAGUCGAAUCAAUCUGAAACGGAUUCACAGCGAGGUAACAGUUUCACGCUUCAGCUAUUUCAAAGAACACUCGAAGGAACACUCGAUACUUUCAAGAACUCAAUCCACGACGAUAUGAGGAACCUGCACAUUGAGAUCUUGAGACAAUUCCAUAUGCAUGAGAUGGAGAUGUCAAAGGCGUUAAACUCGGUUCUGGAGAAUCAAACAGAGCUCAUGAAAGAGAUUAAGAUGUUACGGAAAGAGAACCAACAACUCCGGCAAAUGCUUUAGAUAGAGAGAGAUAGAGAGAAAGAGAGGUAUAUGAGUCUGACCAUUCAGGCUAAUGUAUUCGAAUAUGUAUAUAUAUUAGAGGAAUGGAAUUAGACAGAUCAUAGAAACGUCUAUGUUGAACCGAAAUUCAUAUCUUAACUAUCAAAUGUAAAUUUCCUUUUACUUUUC